AUGACGGCAGUUAAUCAACAUUUAAACCUGUUUAAUCCAAUACAAAUCAAGUUUGAGAGUGAUGUAUAUUUUGGAAGGUGGCUAAUAGAAGGAAGUCCAUAUGUUGUUUUGCUUGAUAUUGGUUCAGCUGCCUGGAACCUUGACCAGUGGAAGUCAGAAUUAUGGGAUAGCUGCACAGUUGGGAUCCCCUGGUAUGACCGGGAAGCUAAUGAUGCAGUGCUUUUUGGCUUCCUCACUGCAUGGUUCUUAGGAGAGUUUGCAGCACAGUGUGGAGAGGAAAGGCCCUUCAUUUUAGCCCACUUUCAUGAGUGGUUGGCAGGGGUUGGCUUGAUUCUUGCAAGGGUUCGUAAGCUUCCAGUGGCGACAAUCUUCACAACUCAUGCUACACUCCUGGGGCGUUACCUGUGUGCAGGCAGUGUGGAUUUCUAUAAUAACCUUGCAAAUUUCAAUGUUGACAAAGAGGCUGGAGACCGGCAGAUCUAUCAUCGGUACUGCAUGGAACGUGCUGCUGUGCAUUGUACACAUGUCUUCACAACGGUUUCACAGAUUACGGCAGUGGAAGCAGAAUUUCUUCUGAAACGUAAACCUGUACUUGAUAACCCAAUGUUGUCACACCCAUAUUCAUAUGACAGCUACAAACAUCAACAGCUGCAAAAUGUGGACUCACUUCUUACUAUAGUUCUCAUCCACAGUCCUCAUGUGACAGCUACAAAAUGUCUACAGCUGAGUAGUAUGGACUCACUACCUGUUGAGAUCUUCACCCAACCAUCAUGUGACAGAUACAAACUACAGCCGCACAACGUGCAGUCAUUACCAGACAAUGUUCUUUCACAUACACUUGAUCAUCAUCCAUUGCAUGCUGAAAAGACUUUAGAAGACUGCACCAAGGGUGCUAAAAAAUCCAAAGACAAGCAACAUGAACAAGUGGAAGAUGGAGACAGUUAG